GGGGCCGGCCCAUGGCAACAGGAGGAAGGUAGCAAGGGUCCUCCUUAUGCUCACCUUAGAGUCUUGAAGACCUUGUACCUCUCUGCUUCUACAUGAUCCCAAGAGGAUGAGCAAGUUGGAUGCUUUGCUGUUUCUUCACUUGUCUCUGCUGUUUCCAGCAACGACAGCGUUCAGCAUCUCGCAGAGGUGCCUGCCCUUGAUAGUUGACGGGUUUUCGCCCUUUCAGAGACAUGCCGGAAUGCGCAAUAGGUGUUGCAAAGUUUUCACAAGGAUGUCUAAUUCGGUCAAGAGCACAGAGCAAGAUCAUUACAAAGUGUUGGGAGUCUCGCCCAAGGCAAAUCAGAAGGAGAUCAGGGAAGCCUUCAUCAAAGGAGCAAAGCGCUUUCACCCGGAUGUCACCCAAGACCAGUCUUCACUCGAGAAGUUCAAGGAGAUCGCCAUUGCCUACGAGGUUCUGUCGGACGACAGGUCAAAGGCCUUGUAUGAUACACAGAGGAGGUACACGGGAAGUGCCGCUCCACGGCAAGGCAUGCCGACUCCCGGGCCUCCAAGAGAAGAGGAGAAGAUGACUCCGACUCGACAGAAGGCACUCGCACUCUUUACGUUUGCAUUGCUGUUCGGAUUCUACAGGAGUAUCAUCGGGAUGAUGUUUCCACCAAAACGUCGAAGGAAAUAAACAAUCUCGGCUGAACACACGACGUCAAGGACUAGUCGUUGAUGACCCUAUUUCCCUGGUUGGUUUCGUUGUAGAUCACUUUCCUCGUUCUCAGACUCCAGGCUCAGCUAGGAUAAAGUCAUCUUUCUUUCC